CGCUCGAGCGCCAGUUUCCUCGCAGCAGGCACGCGGCCGGUUGUCUGUAGUGCGCGGUGCGAACCAUCACACGCGAGUUCGCGGUCAUAGGCUCGAACGAACAUCGAAACCGACGGUCAGUGCAGUGACCAUGAUGAUGGAGAACGGGAUGAUGAACAACUAUGACGGGUAUCCCGACGGCUAUAUGGAACAGGAGGAGGAGUGGGAACGCGAGGGUCUAUUAGACCCGGCUUGGGAGAAGCAACAGAAAAAGACCUUCACAGCAUGGUGCAACAGCCACCUCCGCAAAGCCGGCACCGGCAUCGAGAACAUCGAGGACGACUUCCGCAACGGCCUGAAGCUCAUGCUGCUACUCGAGGUGAUCUCGGGCGAGACCCUGCCCAAGCCCGACCGCGGCAAGAUGAGGUUCCACAAGAUCGCCAAUGUCAAUAAGGCGUUGGACUUUAUCGCUUCUAAAGGCGUAAAGUUGGUGUCUAUCGGCGCCGAGGAAAUCGUCGAUGGCAACUUAAAGAUGACGCUGGGUAUGAUCUGGACCAUUAUCCUGCGAUUCGCCAUCCAGGACAUCUCAGUCGAAGAAAUGACCGCCAAGGAAGGUCUCCUCCUAUGGUGCCAACGCAAGACAGCCCCGUACAAGAACGUGAACGUGCAGAACUUCCACCUGUCCUUCAAGGACGGUCUGGCGUUCUGCGCGCUCAUCCACAGGCACAGACCCGACCUGAUCGACUACAGCAAGCUGUCCAAGGACAACCCGCUCGAGAACCUCAACACGGCGUUUGAUGUAGCUGAGAAGUACCUCGACAUCCCGCGCAUGUUGGACCCUGAUGACCUUAUUAACACACCAAAGCCGGACGAGCGCGCCAUAAUGACCUAUGUGUCAUGUUACUACCACGCCUUCCAAGGCGCGCAGCAGGCUGAAACGGCCGCGAACCGCAUCUGCAAGGUUCUCAAAGUCAACCAAGAGAACGAACGCCUGAUGGAAGAGUACGAACGUCUCGCCAGUGAUCUUCUGGAAUGGAUCCGCCGCACCAUGCCGUGGCUGAACAGCCGCCAGACGGACAACUCUCUCGCCGGCUGCCAGAAGAAACUGGAGGACUACCGUACUUACAGGCGUAAGCACAAGCCGCCCCGCGUCGAGCAGAAGGCCAAGCUCGAGACCAACUUCAACACGCUGCAGACCAAGCUGCGCCUCAGCAACCGCCCCGCCUACAUGCCUACUGAGGGCAAGAUGGUUUCCGAUAUCGCCGGAGCAUGGAAGGGGCUGGAGAUCGCCGAGAAGGCGUUUGAAGAGUGGCUGCUGAGCGAGAUGAUGCGGCUCGAGCGGCUUGAGUACCUGGCGCAGAAGUUCAAGCACAAAGCCGACAUCCACGAGGACUGGACCAGAGGCAAGGAGGAGAUGCUGCAGUCUCAGGACUUCAGGCAGUGCAAGCUUCAGGACAUCAAGGCUCUUAAGAAGAAGCACGAGGCCUUCGAGUCCGACCUCGCCGCGCACCAAGACCGCGUCGAGCAGAUCGCCGCCAUCGCGCAGGAACUCAACACCCUGGAAUACCACGAGGUGGGCUCAGUGAACGCGCGCUGCCAGCGCAUCUGCUCGCAGUGGGACCGGCUCGGCGCGCUCACGCAGCGCCGGCGCCAGGCGCUGGACGACGCCGAGCGCGUGCUGGAGCAGAUCGACCUGCUGCACCUCGAGUUCGCCAAGCGUGCUGCGCCCUUCAACAACUGGUUGGACGGCACGCGCGAGGACCUGGUGGACAUGUUCAUCGUGCACACCAUCGAGGAGAUCUCCGGCCUUAUGGACGCGCACGCGCGCUUCAAGGCCACGCUGGGCGAGGCCGACAAGGAGUACCAGGCGAUAGUGAACCUGGUGCACCAAGUGGAGUCUAUCGUCAAGCAGCACCAGAUCCCCGGUGGUCUCGAGAACCCCUACACCACGCUCACCGCACACGAGCUGAACCGCAAGUGGUCGGACGUGCGGCAGCUGGUGCCGCAGCGGGACGGCACGCUGGCGGCCGAGCUGCGCAAGCAGCAGAACAACGAGACCCUCCGCCGGCAGUUCGCAGAGAAGGCCAACGCCGUCGGACCCUGGAUCGAGCGCCAGAUGGACGCCGUCACCGCCAUCGGCAUGGGCCUGCAGGGCUCGCUAGAAGACCAGCUCAGGCGACUGAAGGAGUACGAAGCCGGCGUGUACGCGUACAAGCCGCACAUCGAGGAGCUCGAGCGUAUCCACCAGGCCGUGCAGGAGGGCAUGAUCUUCGAGAACAGGUACUCGCAAUACACGAUGGAGACCCUCCGCGUGGGCUGGGAGCAGCUGCUCACGUCCAUCAACCGCACCAUCAACGAGGUCGAGAACCAGAUCCUCACCCGCGACUCCAAGGGCAUCACGCAAGAACAGCUCACCGAGUUCCGCGCUUCCUUCAACCACUUCGACAAGAACCGCACUGGCCGCCUCGCCCCCGAGGAACUCAAGUCGUGCCUAGUGUCGGUCGGCUACAGCAUCGGCAAGGACAGGCAAGGAGAGCUCGACUUCCAACGCAUCCUGGCCGUCGUCGACCCCAACAACACAGGUUACGUAUCGUUCGAUGCGUUCCUGGACUUCAUGACGAGGGAAUCUACAGACACAGACACCGCUGAGCAGGUCAUCGACAGCUUUAGGAUCUUAGCUGGUGACAAGCCGUACAUCACGGCGGAGGAGCUGCGCCGCGAGCUGCCGCCGGACCAGGCGGAGUACUGCGUGGCGCGCAUGCCGCCCUACCGCGGCGGCGGCCCGCCCGGCGCGCUCGACUACAUGGCCUUCUCCACCGCGCUCUACGGCGAGACCGACCUCUAGGCGCAGGUUGAUCAUGAUCAUCUCAUCGGGAGCAGCCACAGGAUGCCGCGCCGGCCGCGAGGCAGACAUGUUUCCGUCACGUUGGCGGCGAGCCCUAUUCUGCCAACGUAACGCAAACAUCAUCUGCCGACACUUAAUAUUUAAUACAGUCCUGUAUAAACUUAAGUAUGUGCAAUGUUCAAACCAAAAAUGCCAUUAACUUUCACACCGUUACUCUUCUCCCUAAUGACUACUGUAAACUUUUGGCUCAAAUCAGAGAAAUCAUCUGUAGAAUACGUUUUCGACAUCUCUAUUUAUACACUAGUGUUAGGUAUUUUUAACUUUUAUAUGAAAUUCUCAGGGAAGUCACAAAACAUUUAUUUGUAAGAUGGAAAUGGUGCUAAUGUUAGGCUUGACUAAUGUGUGACACCAAAAUAAGACUCAUUCACGUUGUGAGAAUGUUUUUGUUAUAUUUUUUUAUUUAUAAGCAAAAUAUUAUUUAUACAAGUUCAUUUUAAUUACUGCCAUUAGUAAUUUAUAGUACUUCGAUGGUAUGUAGGUACGUAAAGUUUUAAGCUGUCUAAAUUCGUAAAUGCAGGGAAGUGUCACACAAAUUAUUUAUAUCAUAGAUUGCCAUAACUUGCCUGCAUCUAUUUAUUUAUCAUUUUUAUAUGAUUAUCGUUUUUGAGAGUAUUUUUUGUUUGAGUACUCUAAAUAAAUGAUCUGCCAUAUUUGUCUUUUAAUAAUGACUGUGUUGAUAAUCCAACCAAUAUCGUAUGAGAAAGAUUGGCACAGUAAAUAAGAAUGAAUUAUGUGCCCAAAAAGUAUACUAACUCGAAUGUACAGCUAAUUUAAUAAAAAGCUCUUAAACAC